CAUAGUUCAGUAUCACAGAAAGUCUCCACAGUGUGAGUUCUGUUGGUCCAGUGGGUCAAUAGUCUAGGAUUCUACACAGAUCUACAGUAUAGUUUUACCACAUUUGUCUACGAUUCGAAAUAGUCAAAACCUUCAAUUUUUUCUCCAAUAUUUCAUUCAUAUUAUGAAUUUUAUUCCCCAGUGAAUAUUGUACGGAACAGGAGACUCCAGUUAUAUUUUUUCAUAAACUUUGAAGAACUUCACAGUUUAGUAUAGAGAGAAGAAUAUAGUAAUAGAGAAGUCCAGUUACUAUAUUUUCAUAACUUUUGAGUGGUCUUUAAGUUUUUGAUAGUGACUGAUAAACGAGGUAUUCACCAUAAUUCUGGGAGUAUCAAAAUAAGACAGUCUUUUUCCCACUAUAUACACACUAACUCCUAUAAAAAAUUUAACCGUGAAACUUCCUCACAAGAAUAUCAACUUUGAUUUUUUAGCUCAAACCUCUAAGAUGAAUUGAUUUGAGUUUUUGAUUCUUCCCUUGACAAGAAGAAACCUCACAUAUACGAGUCGAUUCAUGUGAGUUUGAACCAAUUUCUCUCAUAAAUAGAGCCAUAUUUGAAGUGAAUUAGGUAUCUUGGUUUUUGAGAAUUCCACAAUCUCCAAAAAGUGAACUUUCAAUUUGGAUCAUUCAACUUGAGACUCCACAAGAUUGGUGGUCGGUUUGCAUAAUUUUGAAAACCCCUUAAAAAAACUCCCAAGAGAUUUAUAUCUAAAAGUGAACUUGUAAUUAGGAUCUUCAACUCAGGACUCUACAAGAUUUUACAAUAAAAGUGAACUUUAAUACUUGAGUACUUACUUGAACAUGUUAAGUUCAAGGAGCUCCCUUAUACCUUCAAAGUUGAGGAGGAAUAAUUCUCCCAAUUAUCAAUUCCUAUUAAUGAAGCUGUUCUUGAUUAUUAACGUAUUAUUAGUUGUAAGUGUGAAAUCGGAGGAUGCAGAUCCAUUGAGUGAAACAGAUGCUAUGAAAUAUCUGUCACAGUAUGGUUACCUUGAUCCUUCCUAUACCGAUGGAAAAUCUAAUAAAAUGAUAACAGAGGAUGUGUCCAAGAAAGCUAUUGAGGAGUAUCAGGCAUUUUUCGGAUUGAAUAUCACAGGAGUGUUGGAUAGUUUUACUCUUUCUGAAAUGAAAAAACCCCGCUGCGGGAUCGCUGACAAAUUCGGCCAUGCUUCAGAGCACAGAAGCAAAAGAUACUCACACCAAGGUAGCAAAUGGCACAAAACCCAUCUAACCUACAAAAUAACGAGGUACCCUGCCGAGCUUAGUAAACCUAGAAUUGAUGACGUCAUGAAAAGAGCGUUUGCCGUUUGGGAAGCUGUUACUCCAUUGACCUUCGAGUACCAACCUUCUGGAGAAGUGGACAUUGAAUAUUUCCCCAACACCGUCUACAGUGGGGAUGCCCACUUUGAUGAAGACGAACCCUUCACAAUUGAUGCCAAUAAUGGUGUGAGUCUGCUACAGGUGGCAGCUCAUGAGUUCGGACACUCCCUGGGUCUUAAGCACUCAGAUGUUUACAAUGCCCUGAUGUACCCUAAAUACAGUGGGACCCACGAAUUCCAGCUGGAUGCUGAUGACAUAUCUGGGAUACAGUCUCUAUAUGGAAGCAAAGAUGGGAAGAGGCCAGGCCGAACCCCUCCAGGACGUCCUUCAGGAAAUCCAGGAAACCCAGGAAACCCAGGAAACCCAGGAAACCCAGGAUCUCCUAGUUUCCCAGGAUUCCCUCCAGGAUUUCCCACAUUCCCAAAUAUGCCUGGAUUCCCAUCUGGAGGGGGUGACGGUGGAAAUCGAGGUAACCCCACAGGACCUAAAGGUUUCCCCAGAUUCCCUGGAUUCCCCACGUUCCCUUCAGGAGGUGAUGGGAUGUUCCCCUCAGGACCUACUCUGGGAUUUCCCAGAAUGAUCCCAGACAUUCCCAACAAUAAUUUCCCUUUCGGACCUGGGGGUGGAUUUGAUGAUGAUGAUGAUUUUGGGAUCAACAAUGGUGGUUUUCCAUUUGGAUUUAACAGACAAUACACUACUACCUCAGGGGAUGGGACACAUUCUGUAACUGUGACAUCUACUAGAUCCUUCUCAUCUCCUAUGUCUUCUGGAUCCUUGUCUUCAAUGUCAGCUUCUGCACCUGAUUCAGAAUCUACUCAGGAAUCUCCGGAUCUGUGCAUUAACGGGACAAUCGACACGAUUUUCAACUCAGCAAAUGGAAGCACUUUUGUGUUAAGAGGUGACCACUAUUGGAAAUUGAAAGAGCAAAGAAUCGCAGACGGAUAUCCAAGACUGAUUUCACAGCGUUGGUCUGAACUUCCUGCAAAUAUUGAUGCAGCUUUCACUUAUAUGAACUGGAAGACAUACUUUUUCAAGGGUUCCCAGGUAUGGCGUUACAGCGGUAGGACACUGGAUGAAGGUUUCCCUCAGCAAAUAAAAGAAGUAUUCCCUGGAAUUCCUGAUGAUAUUGAUGCUGCUACAGUAUGGAGUGGGAAUGGGAAGAUAUAUUUCUUCAAAGGUUCCAAAUUCUGGAGGUUUGACCCUACCCAGACACCCCACGUGAACAAGGCCUAUCCGAAACCUAUUUCCUACUGGGAAGGGCUUCCUGACAACCUAGAUGCGGCCUUCCAGUCUUCCCAAGGGCUGACCUACUUCUUCAAGGGAGAAAACUAUUACAGGAUAAACGAUAAGAAAUUCGCAGUGGACACAGCCACUCCCCCCUUCCCACGUGAUACCAGCAAAAAAUGGUUCGGAUGCGAUUCUAAUUCGCCAGCACACCAUCUAGCGGCAAUGUUUCCAUCCUAUAGUAGUUCAAAUGAUAACAGCAACAUACCGGAUACAGGACUCAUAGAAGACUUCCUAGACGCGAACACUCCAUGAAAAGUUGGAAUCCACCUGCAAUGGAAAAUUGAUUAAUUAAUUAAUCAAUCAGGAUGAAUGGAUUAUCAGCAUCAUCGAGAGUAGCUGAACUUCAAUAAUUAGAGUAAGGUUUGAAAUAUGUGUUCAUUAACUUGUAAAUAUAAUGCGAAUAGAAUUAGAAUUAUUAUAGAGGAUAGAUUUAGGAGAAAGUAUUUUGUAACAAUAAAUUUAUAUCGAAACAUGUU